AACAAAUUGAAAUGAAUUGAAUGUUAAUUGUUUUCUUUCAAGUUAAUUGUGAAUCCAUAAUCAUUUGCAAUUCUGUGAUUUUUAGCAAAUAGCACUUUUGUUAUCUGUCAACCUGAUUGGAUUAAUGUCAACAAUUAAGAAAUAAUUUCCUUAUAAAUGGAUCGUAAAGGUAAAAAUGUUAAAUCAGUUGAAAUUCGACCUCGGAAUAAUUUGGAUUCAUCGGCUCCUGAGCCUCGAGGUAAAGAGCGAGUGACUCCCAAAGUAUGGAAACCAAAGCCUUUUAGAUGUAAAAUUAACGACGAAAUUAACAAGUUGAAAGCAAUUACUUUGGAAUCAACGGUAAAAACUGAAUUACCUAAAGAUCCUAGUGAACCUCAUGAAAACGACGAUCCUGAUAGUUCAAGCUCUAAAUCAGUUGAUAAGGAUGUGAAAAAAUCUCCCGAUGAUCACCAAAAUAAAAAGAUCACAACAAUCGAUCAAAAGCUUUUUCUAGGAAAAUUUACCGACAUGGACAUUAAAAACGAUCUGGACACUCUGGUUGACAUUAUUCUUCAUCCACCUUUUCACCGCGAAUACGUUAAUCAAGCCUUAACCAGUGAAAUAGAAUAUACAUUUUACACCAUCAUGAUUAAGUUAAUUCGUUUCCAGGACAGAGUUUAUCACAAGAAUCCAGAGAAAUUAAAUACUAAACGUCGAUAUGUUCGAGGUUUCAACGAAGUCAAAAAAAUGGUUCGUCUUAAUAAAGCGAAAGCAGUUAUAAUUGCUGCCGAUAUUCAGAAAAUCAAAAAUGAUGGAAUUCUUGAUCAAACUGUUAACGAUACAAUCAAAUCAACUUGUGAGAAGCAAAUUCCCGUUAUUUUCACUUCAACACGAAAUCGUCUUGGUAAACUUUGUCAUUCUCAUGAUUCUAAUUUCAGUUGUGUUGCGAUCCUCGAUUACAAUGGAGCUCAAGAUCAUUUCCAUAAAUUAAUCACCCUUACUGACGAUGCUAAGGAGGUUUACAAGGUUAAUCGAAUCAAAUUAACCGAUCAUCUUAAAAGUUUAUCGGAAGUUUGUUUAAUGGAGAUUUUAAAUUUUAAAAGAAAAUAA